UCUUUUUCUUAAAAAAUACAUAUUUUUAGUAUUAUUAUUUGUUUAUAGUGACAUUUUUAUGUUGGUGAUUUAUUUUUUUAAAUUCCAAGGUGCUUGAGGUGGAUUUAUUUAUUUAGUUUUUUUUCUUUUUCGAGAUAUAGAUCAACAACAAUGACAACAACGACCGGUGAUCCAUCGAGUUUAAAAACCCCACCAACCCUUUCUGGAGGUGAUUUAGUAUCACGUUUAUUAGCUGCAACGCCGCCUUACCUCUACAAUGUACCCCUAACACCACACAGUUUUUUCUUCAGCGAAAUGUUACGUUCUUUUGUCCAAGCUAAAUCAUCUUCAUCAUCAGACUCUUCAGUAGCACCUUCGUCUUCGAUACCUGCGAUAACCGUUAAUUCGAGCUCAAAUAUAAACGGACGUCGACGUAAACGAUCCUGGCGAGACGCUCGUGAACGUCCACUAGAGUUAACUACCAAAGACAAAACUAAUAAUAUUAUAAAUGACACAAAAUAUUUUCAUAAAGAUUUGUCUAUUGAAAAUCGUUACAAGUCUACCGCUUCGACAAAUUUAAAUACCAGUGUUCCAACUACAGAUUACAAUAAUGAUAAUGAUAAUAAAAAUAAAAAUACACAAAAUUAUGAUACAAUAGAUAAAAAUCUAUUGGGAGAACCAGAAGCAGAAGCAGGAGCUAGUGCUGGGGGAUAUGAUCCACUUAAACCGGUUGACGAAAAUCCUACAGAUUUUUUAAGACAUCAUCGUCAUUUUUUUGACGAUCCUUCACGAUUGUUUAAUAAUAAUAAUAAUAACAAUAGUGUUAAUAAUAAUAAUAAUAAUAAUAAUAAUAAUGAAGGUCAAGGACAAGGACAAAAUUCUUUGUCUGAAGAAAAUCGCAAAACUGAUUCAGUUCCUAUGAAUGGAAUGGGAUUUAUAGGAGAAAAAAAAAAUAAAUUAGAUUUUAAUCCACGUAAUUUGUUACGGGACGAUUUAAAAAAUUCAAAUUGCGGAUUACCAGCCCAACCAACUACUGAUUUUACUCCAUCACCAUUUUGGUAUCCUCCAUAUCCGAUUCCUCCGCAAUCUUAUCCAGGAAUAGAUCCACUACAUUUCUUUAUUGAUUUGCGUGUAUCAGGACAUAUUUGGGACCGAAAAAUAAAUAAUGAAAGACAGCUAUCCUUUAAAAGUAAACAUUGUUCAGCAUUUAGUGUGCCCCAGACAGUUAAGGAAUACAAUAAUAGUAGGCCGCUAAAUUUGACACGCGAUGAAGUUGUAAUUGGAUCUUGCAAAAAUAAAGAAGAAAAUUUUAGGGGCACACAUUUUAUUCUCAAGAAUUUAAGCAAAACUUAUAGGGAUAUUGAAAAUAAAGGUUUGGUGGUGGAGAAGAUUGAGGAAAAAAAUGAUGAAACCGUCGGCAGUUCUUUACACCAAGACAGAGCAUCACUGUCAAGUAUAAAAGAAGAUAAAGAGGUGAUUGCUACUACAACUUGUUCUACGUCAAAUAAAAAAGACAUACGGGCACUUAUUGGUUUAGAACUUGUUGUUGAUUAUGUAAAAGAACCUAAAGAAGAACCUGACGCACAAUCACCCCAUAACGAAUGAAUUUCUGAAUUUCAAAUCGAAUUAAAUAAACUUAAAAUCUACCAUAUAAAUACAAUUAUUAAAAUCAAAUAAUUUAUAAGUAAG